UUAACAUAACUUAUGUGGCUGGGAUGCAGGGCCCUCGGGUGUCAAAACUUUGAAGAUUAAUGGAUUACUUUGUUAAUGACUGCAGGCGUCAGACUGAGGUGCUUAAAUGAUUUGUGAGGUGCGAGGCGUCUUCCCGACAGUCCCAAACAAUGCGCGGAGUGUGCGGGGGAGGCAGAGGGCAGCCGCCGGCGGGACCGACAGCAGGGCUUACACUCGCGCACAUUCACACACACACACUCCCAGGCGCACACACCAGAUCCUUGCAGAUCAGGAGGCGCUCAGGCACCCUCGCCCCCACGUACUCCGGGACAUCCCCACCCACACCAACAUAUAUGUAUUUCUGCCCUGAAAAAAGUGUAAAUAAAGCCUCGCUGGCCCCCAAUGAGGCGUUCCUUCCCGACUUUUUUGGAUCAAUCAAACAGACAGUGGCUUCUUUUGAUUAAAGCCCAAAUUGUCAUUGGGCAGAAGCAAUCAUGUGACAGCCAAUUCGGUCCAAUUUCAACCUUGUCUCCAUGAAUUCAAUAGUUUAAUAGUAGCGCGGUCCCCAUACGGCUGUAAUCAGUGAAUUAGAAAAAAAACACCCUAGCAGCGAUAUUCUAUGAUAGAUUUUUUUUUUCCUCUGCGCUCGCCUUUUUCCUGGGCCUUGCCCCCCCAAAGCCCCUCCAAAAGAGGGAACUUUUUCUCUGAGGGGGCUCCAAGGAGAAGGCCAUGAAUUACGAAUUUGAGCGAGAGAUUGGUUUUAUCAAUAGCCAGCCGUCGCUCGCUGAGUGCCUGACAUCUUUUCCCCCUGUCGCUGAUACAUUUCAAAGUUCAUCAAUCAAGACCUCGACGCUUUCACACUCGACACUGAUUCCUCCUCCUUUUGAGCAGACCAUUCCCAGCCUGAACCCCGGCAGUCACCCUCGCCACGGCGCUGGCGGCCGCCCCAAGCCGAGCCCCGCGGGCAGCCGCGGCAGCCCGGUGCCCGCCGGCGCCCUGCAGCCGCCCGAAUACCCCUGGAUGAAGGAGAAGAAGGCGGCCAAGAAAACCGCACUUCCGCCGGGCGCCGCCGCCGCCGCCGCAGCCACCAGCCCUGCUUGCCUCAGCCACAAAGAAUCCCUGGAAAUCGCCGAUGGCAGCGGCGGGGGAUCGCGGCGCCUGAGAACUGCUUACACCAACACACAGCUUCUAGAGCUGGAAAAAGAAUUUCAUUUCAACAAGUACCUUUGCAGACCCCGAAGGGUGGAGAUUGCAGCGCUGCUGGAUUUGACUGAGAGACAAGUGAAAGUGUGGUUUCAGAACCGGAGGAUGAAGCACAAGAGGCAGACCCAGUGCAAGGAAAACCAAAACAGCGAAGGGAAAUGUAAAAACCUUGAGGACUCCGAGAAAGUAGAGGAGGACGAGGAAGAGAAGACGCUCUUUGAGCAAGCCCUUAGCGUCUCUGGGGCCCUUCUGGAGAGGGAAGGCUACACUUUUCAGCAAAAUGCCCUCUCUCAGCAGCAGGCUCCCAAUGGACACAAUGGCGACUCCCAAAGUUUCCCAGUCUCGCCUUUAACCAGCAAUGAGAAAAAUCUGAAACAUUUUCAGCACCAGUCACCCACUGUUCCUAACUGCUUGUCAACAAUGGGCCAGAACUGUGGAGCUGGCCUAAACAAUGACAGUCCUGAGGCCCUCGAGGUCCCCUCUUUGCAGGACUUUAACGUUUUCUCCACUGAUUCCUGCCUGCAGCUUUCAGAUACAGUUUCACCCAGUUUGCCAGGUUCCCUCGACAGUCCCGUAGAUAUUUCAGCUGACAGCUUUGACUUUUUUACAGACACACUCACCACAAUCGACUUGCAGCAUCUGAAUUACUAAAAACAUUAAAGCAAAACAAAGCAUCACAAAACAAAAACCCCUUUGACCAGGUGGUUUUGCCUUCUUUUAUUCUGGAGUUUAUUUUUAUUUUCUUCUUGACCUACCCCUUCCCUCCUUUAAAUGUGGAGGAUUUUCUGUUUAGUGAUUCCCUGACCCAGUUGCAAACAGAGAAAUCUUUUACAGAUUAUUUUGGAGUUUUAGUUGUUUUAAACCUAACUCAACCACCCUUUAUGUGAUUUCCUGAGAGCAAUAUGAGACCUGCAAGAAAGUGAUCAUCUAAUUGUAUCUUCACUUUCUUUUUAUUUUUGUAUUACAUUACGAUGCAUUGUCAUGCAUAUUUUUUGUAGAAUAAAUUCUCCUUUGCUAUAA